AUGCUGGAAACUAAAAUAUAUCUCAGAUUAGGAAACAUCGAAUCGUUCCUUGAGGAUAAGACUGGGGUAUUACAAGACCAUAUUCUAGCAUAUCUCUCGGAUGGUCGACGGCUGCGGGAUGAUAAUAUUCGUGAAUUGGCGUCUGUGCAAGAUCAGACAAUCUUUGUUUUCAACAAACGGUAUCUUGAUUUGGACGUAAACCAAGUUCUCAGCGACCUUCAGAUCGAACCAGCAUUGCAACCACCUGUGGAAGAUACUAUCGCCUCAACACCUCCAUUUCGAAUCACCCAGCUUGCAACGUCCUACGUACAUGUUGCACACGCGCAUAACGAGCAUGUCAAGCAGACGCUCCUGUCCCUCAGCUUUCAGAACGCAGCUCUUAAUAUUGCCUCCAGUGCGCUGGAUCUGCAUGUGCUCGAGAUUACAAGUGUUUUUGACGGGAUUGCGGAGGCAGUUCGGCGUGAGCUUGACAAACAGAGUGCGCUUCUUGAUGGUCUUGAUGGUGAUUUGGCGAUUGUGGAGCGUGUAUCGGUGCACAAGGAGUUCUUGAGUGACAAAGUGCGGAGAGCAAUAGACGAUGGAGAUCGUGGGCGGACUUUGGGAGACUAUGUCAGCAGGGAUAAAAUGAGAAUGGUUGCAAAUAAUUGCAAGAGAGCGCACGAGGAACUUCGAGCACUAUUCCGAGAAGUUCAAGAGACAAUGCUCCGGCUGAGUGGAGGCGCAGAAGAGAUCCGUACGGCCGUUGUUGAUCAAAGCUUAUUGGGAGAAGCGGAGGCGUGCGUCAAGCGCUCCCAGGAAGCCUUUGACAAAGCGACUGAACUUAGCGCUGUUGUUGAGAAGCCCGUGUCAGCUCCUGACAAGGUUCUGUCAGAGUUCCGUCAACUUGAUAAUACAUUGCGCAGUGAACUGCAAUACAUCACUCAAGUUAAGAACUCUUAUACCGAGCACUGCAUUACAACUUUACGUCGAGUCAGCAUAUUGAACAACGAUCUGGUUGAGCUUCCGACGUUAAUGGCAUCCUUGCAAGCUGCCCUCAAGGCUAGGACAAGCUUCUCGCAUAUCCAGAGACUGCAUAAUAUGCUUUAUGCAUAUGGAGCAACAGUAGUCGAAGUCGUGAGGCGGAAGGAGUUCUCGCGAUUCUUUAUCCAGAGAUCGCAGAGUAUUCUCGAAGUCAUGGCCAAACUUUCAGCGAACGCAACAAUCCGUAGCGCAAAUGAACGUAAACGACGCCAGGUCUACCGAGGCGAAGUCCAUGGUCUACUUCCUUUCGAGACUACCAUGGAUGAUCCAGUUCCAGCUAUUGAUUUUUCGCCAAGUGGGACCGAUGAAUCAGCGUAUUCUUUGGAACGCCCGGAUGUAGACGGACUAUUGCAACUUCUGGAUGAUUUAGAACAUUUUGCGGAGGUUUCGCAGGAUCCAGCCGCGUUGAAGUCCGUAGCGGAAGCACGCGCAGGGUUGGAGCGACUGGUGGGCAAGAUGGAUAGUCUUGAAACAGCGUUUGAUCGUAUAGCAGAGCGCUCUUUGCUGUCUGCCUCCCGCCUGACCAGUCAACGCCGUCGAACGGCAGAAGAGGAUCUUGAGCUCGAAUUAGAAAUUCAGAAGUUACGACACGCGCAAACAGAGCGAGACACGGUGUAUCAAAUGGAGCGACAAGCCUUGGAAGAACAAGCUGUGCAAUUGCGGGACUCCCUUGAUGCUGAGCGGGCUGCGCGUGAUGAGCUUGAGCGCGAAUUACGGUCUGUCAGAGCGCAGCUUGAGAGCGAGUCUACGUCAAGACGUAUCUUGGAGGAACGAAACACGCAGCUUUGUUCGGGUGCAGACGGACACAGGGAAGCAUUGGCCCGUGCGCUCGCGGAGGCGACGGAACAGACCAGGGCAGCCGAGAUCGUACGACAGGAACUCGCUCAAGUCCGCGCGGAAUUCAAGCACAUCAAGGCGAUCGAGAAACACAACACGGACAAGGUCGCGUCUCUACUUGAGGAGCAGGCACACACCUUGACUCGACUUGAAGAGGCCCGUGUCCGCGGGGAAGAUCUAGAGUCGCAGAUACAGGCUGCUCGGUCCGACGGCGAAGAAGUUAAGCGCGCGUUGGUUGAAGCAGACAGAGAGAAGGACCGACUGCUCCGCGCCCAGGCGUCCGAACAUGACCGCAUGAUGCGCGACCAUAUUGCCGAAGCUGACGGUGAUCGGGCUGUGCUUGAGCACCAGUUCUCCGAGCUCAAGGCUGCGCUUGAGGACACUGAGCGGCAGCUCAAGGAUGCGCGUGCGCAGACUGAUAUGGCUUUGGCAGAUACGGUCGGUCUUCGGGAAGAGCUGCAACGGGUUGAGCACCAACUCCGCGAGGCCCAGCACAUGGAGAGAGUGCUCAGAGACGACCUCCGGGACGGUAGGGCCUCUCAGUCUGACUUUGAAAUGCACCUGGAGAAUAGCGGCCGCCUUAUGGCUCAGAUUUUGGAUGUCGCCCUCGCAUUUCGAGAUUCACAUGUCAAGGCUCUCGUGGCAGCGCAAGCCAUGGCUUCUCACCCAGCUGCCAACAGGGCAUCUACCAAUCUAAAUCUGACCGACUCAGCUAUCAGUCCGGGAAGACUGAGUAUUGUGAGCAACAACUUUGAACCUCCUCCUAUUGAUCCCUCCGAUCCUGCUGCUGCUCUCGAGGCGUUACGUGCGUUUGAUCAUGACCACUUCAUGGAGGCAAUCAACAAGGCCGGCUCUACCAUUCGUAAGUGGCAGAAACAGUGCAAGGAAUAUCGUGAGCGGGCAAAAGGGAAGAUCUCGUUUAGGAACUUCACUAAAGGCGACUUGGCACUGUUCCUGCCGACGCGGAACUCUGUCUCGAAGCCUUGGGCGGCCUUCAACGUUUCCUUCCCACAUUACUUUCUGCAGGCUACCGGCCAUCUUGCCGAGCAAUUGAAGACACGGGAGUGGAUCGUGGCUCGAAUUACCUCAAUCACGGAGCGUGUAGUAGACCAGAAAGAUCCAAGCACUAACCCAUAUGGGUUGGGAGAUGGAGUCAAGUACUACAUGUUGGAAGUUGAGGAUUGGACCCAGCCAUCGUAUGCAUCGAAGCGACGAGAGCCGGUCAGGAAGGCUUCUUUAGAGGUGAAAGAAUCGACUAGCCUACCACUUCCUAGUCCACCCAUUCAAGACGCAGCUGCACUACCUGUUGGGCCUCCUGAGAACGAAGUAGAAGAUUCGUUUAGUGCGACUAAGCCACCAAAUUCUAGGCUAUUCCCCGUUCGCACACGCUCAAAUUCCUCUCCGAAUGCGGGACCAUCCUCCCUCUCGCGUCUCUUGGCCCAGGCGCCCCCACCCGAAAUGUCGCUCGAAUCCACUGGGCUAGAGAAGCCGAGUUUGCCGUCCCCCGUAAACUCCCCUCGUCCGCCACCAUCCCCCGCAAUCUCCCCUCGUCCACCAUCAUCCCCCGCAAUCUCCCCUCGCCCACUGCCAUCCCCUGUAACGUUUCCUCGUCCGCCUCCCUCCCCAAUCACUUCUACUCACCCGCAGCCCUCCCCAACACACACCGGAGCGGUCCCACAAAUACCUGGUCCCCCUGGCGUAUCCUCUCUUAGGCCAGGCUCAAGAUCUUCUCGUGUAUCCAUAUCAUCACGGUUCUCCGGUGGCCGUAUGCCUUUCGGAACAUCGUCUGCAGCAAAGGCAGUCGCUACGACGGCAAUAUCUGAACAGGCGGUGGCAUUGGUAUCACCCUCUUCGGACCUUGUUUCAGGACGGAAUGGAGCCUCACAGGCAUCCUCUGUUCCCUCGUCAGAGGACUCACACGCAGAGGGCGUGUCAAGCUUGGCUACAUAUCGGCGCCGGACGACGUCGUAUGCUUCACCCCGGAAUAAUGCGACCGCUUUGUCUGCAACGCUCAAUGGAUCUAGUCCGUUUUUCGGAAGUGCGAGACCAAGCGUUGGUGCGGGUGCCAGUGCGAGUAGCCGGCUGGCCAGUCUCGCAAGCAGUUGGGGUGUCAGCUUUAGUCGCAGGAAGCGAAGUGAGGUAGAGGAGAACGUCGAUAGUUCGAACGAGCGUCCUGCGACACCCAACCCGAUCAGUCCGAGUCAUGUACUUGAGAAUGCUGGGCUACUGGCGCAGUCGCCAGGCUCGUUUGAGGGACAAUUAGGAUCAUGA